AUGGCAGGGCCGGAGCCACCAGAGGCAUACACGCCAACAGUACUAGACUAUUUAAACAAGGACUGUUGGCGCGUUGUGCUUAAAUAUGUGCCUAUCAGAGACAUCAUAUGCACGGAGCGAGCUAGCCGCCGCUGGCAAAAAGCGAUGCUGGCAUACUUACGAGAAGUACGUAUCGGUAUAGAAAGCUUAGGGUUCCGGUUCAGUAAGGAGCUUUUCAAUUUCCGUAGCAUAAGGCAAUGGGAAAUUCCUGAACAUUCAUUUGAGAAAUGGACCUACAAACUAGGCGCAUCAGUGGUGGCCAUUUACUGCGUUUCACAGGAGAUGUUACAAACAAUCAAUAAAAACUGUCCACAUAUAGAAGUUCUUAUAAUUUACGAUCCAGAAGAAAAAUUGUUACUAAGAAAUCAAAUUAAAAACUUAGAUCACCUGCGAAAGCUUUCCUUCCAAAAAUGUUAUUCUAUCUCGGACCAAUGUAUCAGUAAAUUUAUUGGCAGCAAAGCCUUAGAAGAAUUGAGAGUCGUCCAUAAUGAACAAGUGACUGGUCAAUGUUUGACUAAUAUAGAGCCGAGGAAACUAAAGUCCCUUACAUUAGACUCUUGUCGAUCUUUACAGUACCAUCACUUGGAAAUAGCCUGUCAUAGUUUCAAUGAGCUGACAAGGCUCGAGCUUAACGAUCUUCCUAUCCAAUUAUACAAACACAUACCUUUGCUCUUAGAGAAUUUGCUUAAAUUAGAAGUUUUGAGUAUAAUUGAGUUUGAGUUUGAUUUCUUAGAGAAUGACAAAAAAUAUUAUAGUUCUAUCUGCAAACUUAGCAGCUUAAAGAAUUUGCGUCUGCAUUCGCAGAAUAUAACAAACGAGGACUUGGAAACAGUGACACGGUGCUGCAAGGAGCUCCGAUCAUUGGAUGUAAAGGUUUAUUCCUUUAGUGACUUAGAUGCUCGCUGCUUGACGACGAUCUGUCUUAAUGCUGGAGCGCGCCUGACUACACUAGGUUUCACAAACUGUAACAACCUGACCGAUGAAGACUUAAUACACUGUAUUCGCACCUGUCCUAAUCUCACGUUGCUAGACGUCAGCGCCUGCUGUCUACUAACGCCGAAUUUGUUGGGGCAAGCAGCGGCUGCGCGACGUGAGAUGCGUCUGCAUAAUCCCCUACGUCUUUUUGUGGACGAUACUUCCAUGAACGACCAUUAUGGGAUGGACUUCAAAGAGUUGGUAGUAGAUCGCUGCAUAUGUUCUCACAAGAUUUGGAGUUGAUUCAUCUAUAAAU